ACAUCCAUCAAGCUGUCACAGCGGCAGGGAGGGGCCAACGGAGUGCGGAGAGGGUCGGACCGGGAGCGCCGAUCGGUGGUGUGGGGAAAGAAGCCGGUCGGGUGUCGGUGCCCGUUGGAGGGGAAAGAGUGCACGCACGCUGCUUGCUGUGUUCAAACGAGGGGCGGUUCGCCUGACAUCACUGUUGCCCCUUCGUCGUUCGCGCGAUGCGGAGAGUGGCGAUGCCCCUACGACGCCAACGAGAGGCCAAACUUGGGUUUGGGGGGGCGGCGGCGGCGGCGGUGGCGGCGGCGGCGGGUCCACCUCAAGUGUACCCCAUGGACCUUAACACCGUGAAGGGAAUCCUGAGAGAGUUCGAUCGAGCGGCAUACGGGGAGGCCUUCCGCGGGGACCGGCUUGCCAAGAUUGCUGUCCUUGGAAGAGGCUCGAGCAGCACAGUAUGGAAGGUGGUGGACAUCGAGACCCUCCGAGUAGUGGCCGUCAAGGAGAUGAUCGUGUGCGACUCGAAGCAGGGCACCAUUCUGCGCCACGAACUCAGCGUUCUCCACCCGCAGCUGCAGCCCCUGGUCCCGCCCAAACCGAAGCGGCUGUCGGGGCGAAGGAGCAGGGCCUCAGCGGCACCCAUCAGUGGCGCCGGCGCCGGCGACGCCGCCUCCUCCGGCACGAACACCCCGACAAUCGCCGCCGCCGCCGCCGUCGCCUCUACCUCGGCAAGAAGAAGCGGGAAAAAGUCGUUGGGCGGUGGCAAGAGCGUCGCCGCCGCCUCUACCUCGGCGCCGGUCGUCCGGCCGGGGCCAUGCCCGUACAUGCCGCGCUACUACGGCUCCUUCGUCUCGCACGACGACGGGGGGCGGCCACGCGUGAGCAUCGUAAUGGAGUACGUCUCGGGGGUGGACCUAGCGCGAUGGAUAGAGGAGGUGGGCGGCAGCAGCGGCGAUGGCGAGGGGCGAAGAGAAGGAGGAGGAGGAGGAGGAGCUCUAGCAGACCCUGCCGGACAGCCUCCAGAGGCGAGGAAGCCGCCGCCACCGCCUCGCCCGCCGAUCCCAGAGUUGUGGCUGUCGCGAGUUUGCCGCGACAUUCUCGAGGCCCUUCGGUACCUGCACGAGCGUGGCUUCAUCCACAGGGACGUAAAGCCCGCGAACGUCUUGCUGGGGCCGGGGGGCGCGCGUCUGGUGGACUUCGGGAGCACGAUCGACGGCCGCGAGGACGAAUGCGGGGGCCGGAUGCACGGGACGGUGCGCUUCAUGAGCCCCGAGCGACUGUGCGCGCGGCCGUACUGGCCGAGCUCGGACCUGUGGGCGGCCGGGCUUACGGUGGCCUCGGCGGCGCUGGGGGAGAACCCGGUGCCGCACAGCGCGACCAAGUUCGAGGCAGCGGGGCACGCGGAGGUGGCGUUCGAGAUGGUCAGGAGCCACCCCGCGUCGGCCGGGCUCUCGCCGAGCCUGCUGGACUUCUUGAGGGCGGUGCUGGUGGCGGAUCCCGAGAGAAGACCGACGGUGGAGCAGAUGCUCGCGCACCCGUUCGUUAGACCCGUGCCUCCCGGUAGUGCUAUUGUUGGUUGUGCCGGUGCUGGUGCUGGUGCUGGUGCUGGUGCUGGUGCUGGUGCUGGUGCUGGUGGUGUGCUUGGUGUGCUUCGGCGAGGGGGGGGGGUGUUGGGCAUGGGCGGCCGCAACAAGAGAGAGGACGAGCGGGCGAGGAACUCGGCGGCGGCGGCGGCGGCCCUGAAGAACAAGGAGAAACACCACCACCACCACCACCAGCAGCAGCAGCAGCAGCAGCGGGGAGGAGGCGGGGUAGAGCAGCAGCGGCGACCGACUAGUGGCACGUUCAGUAGCAUCAGUGGUGGCGGCGGUAGCGAUGACCCGCUAGAGGCGGCCUGGAGCGAAGGCGUUUUGGAAACCUUGCGCCGCCUCGCUCUCGAGUCGCCUUCUUCCGAGGUCGACGCGUCCGAUCUCAUCCGGAGAAUCCUCGCGGCCCGCCGCUUCAUGUACCCGGCGGGCUACGCGUCCGGCCUCAAGCACCUCGACUUCUCGCACCUCGCCGCGGAGCUAAACUUCUCGAGCGCCGAGCUGCGGUCGCUCUUCGGCAGCGCCGUGAUGAACAUGGAAGGCGCCAGCUCGGGGGCGUCGUCGUCUUGGAGUUCGCCCGUGCCGUCUGCAGCGACGAGAUCGCCGGUGCCUGCGACGCUACCUCCGCUCGGGGCCGACGAUGAUGGCGGCGAGGGCGGCGCGGAGGCGAAGGAGGCGCCCCCUUCGCCCCUCCGCUCCCCGCCGCUGAGGUCGCCGCCGCCGCGCUGGCGUCCGCCGCCGCUGAUCAUGUCCCCCGGCGCGCGGACGCCCAGGCCGGUGUCUGCGGUGUCGGCGUCGGCGCUCUCGGUGCUGUCCGGCAUGGCAGCGCAUUCCCCCGCGACGAUGACGCCGCUGCUGCCACCACCGGAGGCGGCAGGAACGGAGCCGACGUCGACAUCGGCAUCGGCAUCGGCAACAGCGGUGACGGACGACGUGCGCGCGAUGGCGGGGAGGAAGGAGACUCCGGUGUUGGUGAUUGUCGGGGGGAGCGGCGACAACGAUCAGCGAGGCAGCAGUGGCGCCGCCGGCGGGGUGGGUGGGUGGUGGAAGGGCUGGGGCCAGCGGAGACGGUUGUUGCGCCCCCGCGCCUCCAAGGCGGACAAGGGCGGGGGCGGGGGCGGGGGCGGGGGCGGCUUUGGGGGCGUGGAGGACCGGUCGCUGCCGAGGUCGUCUUGCCCUGGCGCGGCGUUGACGUCGCACAAUCCGCCGCUGACGGUAACCCCGCCUCUGUCGAAGUUCGACGAAGAGGCGGACGGCAACGCCGGCGGCGGCAGCAGAAGUGCAAGCGGAAGCAGAAGCGGUGGCGGCGGUGGCGACCUCGCUGUGGUGAGCGAGCCGGAAGGCUGCUUGGUGGCCGAGGACGACCCGUUGCGAAGACCGUCGGGAGCGGUCAGGACGGUGGCGGCGGGGAUAGCGGGAGGCACGGCUUCGGCCGAAGCAGCGGCGGCAGCGGCAGCGGCGGCAGAGGCGGCGGCGGCGGAGGCGGUGCGAGAGAGAACGGGCGUCUGCGGCGGGCCCGCCCCAGCGUGGGAUUCGGAAAGAUGGUGA